AUUCCUACUUUUGUUCAGUGGUUCAUCGAACGUUCCACUGUACCACUUCCAGUCGAUGACAGCGGCAUUUAUUUUAUUGAUAGAGAUCCAUCCAGUUUUACAAUCAUACUGAAUUAUCUAAGAUUAAAAACUGCUGGCCAACUAUGGGAAGCAUGCUUGCCCAAAGACCCUGAUCGUUUGGCUUUACUUACUCAGGAGGCUGAAUAUUUCAGGUUAAAUCAACUUCGCGACCAAGCUAUUGCUUUAUUGCAGUGUUGUACUGAGAAAUCUGACGUCUCUUAUGUCAACGAGGUUUUAGCGAAAAGCUUCAGUUGUCCACAAGGUUUCGAUAAAAAGUGCUGUCAUAAAACUUAA